UGGUAGAGGACACGCCCCCAAGGGGCCUCCGUCCAGCGAAUCGCCCAACUUUGUACUUUGAAGUUUGACCCGAGGAAAUACCCUGGAAUUCCCUUCGUCUGCUUAAAGAUCAAAGACAAUCACAGCUAUGAGUGAAAGUUCAACAGGCGAAGAUUCCGAUGGAGGGUUAGGAGAAAAUGGCACCCACAGUUUAACAGAUUCACCUGAUUUAAGCGUGCCAUGUUUAACAACAGUUCAAGGUUUACCGUCAACAAGUCCAACCAAUUCAACUGGUCAGGGUGUCAGUCAGUUCUGUGCCAUCUGUGGAGAUCGUGCAACAGGAAAACAUUAUGGCGCCUCCAGCUGUGAUGGGUGUAAAGGUUUCUUCAGAAGAUCGGUACGAAAGAGUCACAUCUACACCUGCCGAUUCAAUCGUAACUGUAUCGUUGAUAAAGAUAAAAGAAAUCAGUGUCGAUAUUGUCGGUUACGGAAAUGUUUCAGGGCCGGGAUGAAAAAAGAAGCUGUACAGAAUGAGCGAGAUAGAAUAAGUGUUAGACGAACAAGCUAUGAAGAUAUGACAUCUACCGGAGCAUUGGCCUGCAGUACUUUAUUAAACGCGGAAAUGUUGUCUCGUCAGAUAUCAGCACCAAUAACAUAUCAUGAUUUAUCAGCACGGAAGAUAGCUCAGGCAAAUGAUGUUUGUGAAUCUAUGAAACAACAGUUACUGAUACUAGUAGAAUGGGCUAAAUAUAUACCAAGUUUCUGUGAACUACCACUCGAUGAUCAGGUGGCGUUAUUACGAGCUCACGCAGGUGAACAUCUGGUGCUGGGCGUGGCUAAAAGGUCCCUUGAAGUUAAUGAAGUUCUGUUAUUAGGUAACGAUGCUGUGAUACCACGAACAGCUGCAGAUAUGGAUAUUGGGCGUAUAGCAGGUAGAAUAUUAGAUGAAUUAGUUCAACCAUUACGAGAGAUACAGAUAGAUGAUACAGAAUUCGCCUGCAUUAAAGCCAUUGUCUUCUUCGAUCCAGAUGCACGAGGAUUAAACGACAAACAAAGAAUAAAAACAUUUAGAUAUCAGGUUCAUAUGAACCUAGAGGACUAUAUUAACGAUCGACAAUACGAUUCUAGGGGCCGCUUCGGUGAAAUCCUUCUUCUACUUCCAGCCCUACAGAGUAUUACAUGGCAGAUGAUUGAACAAAUUCAAUUUGCCAAAUUAUUCGGAAUGGCCAAAAUCGAUAACCUACUUCAAGAAAUGUUAUUAGGGGGGGCCAACAGCAGUGAAAAUAACUCACAAGUUCAAUCUCAAGACGCGAUGUCCAAUCCCAUGUUGUCAACAAGUGCCUUCCCAGAUGCCCUUGGUACUGUCACAUCUCAAGGUGAACUGUUACAGAACACAGAGGCGCUACAUUUAAACACAAACCAUCCAGGAACGGCUAGUCCCAUUGGACACAGUCCUACCAUGGACCCACAGAUGCAUGCAUGCUUAAUUCAGUCUCAUUCUCAAACUCCGCCUCCGGUUGUCCUUAGCAACAAAAACAACGAACCAAUCGCCUUGAAUAUGACAAAUGAGAGUCAUCACAUUCCAAAUGGCCAUCAUGGAACGAGUAACUGUUCUCCGCGAAUUUCACCAGUCCCUGAAUCUUACAAGAUGUCUCAACAGCAGACAACAUCCUCUCGAACCACACAUUUCAAACAGGAAGUGUCCUAAUAUAGGCAUAAUUUGUUGUUAAUUUUUUGUUGUUAUAUGAAUCACUUCUGGGAUUAUUGAUAAGAGGUACGGAAACUACGGAAGGACAACUUGCCUGCGAUAUCAUCUUCCUUGGAAGCAGCUUUUAGGCCCCAUGAGCGAACGAAACAGAAGGGAAACAAAAUUUGUUAAUCAUGUGAAUUGCCCAAAUUAAAUAAGAAAAAAGUAAGAACACCUUGUCUCAUGUAGGACACCAACAACUACUCAUAACUACAUGGUAUCAGGUGUUCUAGAAAGCUCAAGCAUACCCUGCCUGUUGUAUGACACACACCACUACUCAUAACUAAAUGAGAAGUGUAUUAGGUGUUCUAGAAAGAUAGUAAACAUACCCUGCCUGAAGCACAGAUAGAAAAUACAGGCGUAUAUACAUAAUCGUUAGCUCCAUAACAUGUGAAGCAUUACAUGGAAGGGACUCGAUCGUCAGUUCGUAACAAUAGAAUUACAAUUGAAUUACACAGAAUUGAGUCCUGAAACUGUUCUGCUUGAGCAAAAUCAAAUGUUUCAGCUGUGGCGAUUGGUCGUUAUGAGCAGAAUCAAAAGUUUCAGCUGUGGUGAUUGGUCGAGUAUCAUAUUCAGUUGAUGCAUGCCUUGUUGCCUGAAAUUCUCAUUUAACACCUUCUAAUCGAAGACAGAAGUCUCGAUAAAGUGCCGUACCUUUUUGAUUUUAAUCCCAGAGGCAGUUUUGUUGAUAGAAUUGAGAAAUAUAAUGAAAUGUUUAUGUGCUUUUUUGUAGUUUUUUUUUGAUAUUGUAUAUACAUACAUAUUACAGUGUUCCCUAGGGAACUGGUAUUAUUUGUUUUAAUGUGUUGUUAUAUAAUUGUAAUUAUUAUAAAAUAGAAAUAGUUUGUAAUUAUUUCUCUAAAAUAUUACGGAGCUUUCAUUUUAACCAGAAUUAAACGGACAUGUGUUGCUACAGGAGUUUUAUGUCUGGUUUUACUAAACCAGUUCAGACGGUUUUAAGCUUUAUUAAAAUUGCUCUUUCUUAUCGUUGUUAUAAUUCAAUAUGGCUCUUGAUUCGAGAGACAGUUGGACAAAAAAAUUUAAUAUAUUUAGUUUGGUUUUCAAUUUUUAUUUAAUAUUCUUGUAAUUAAUGUUUUAAUUAAUUUUAAUUAAUUUACUAAUUCAAAGGAACUAAGUUGUCAAAUACAGAAAAGUAUGAAUUUGGUGUCAUGGUGGUUUUAAGUUAUUAUUUAAUCACUUACAUGCAGGCCAGUAUUAACUCUUUAAGAUCUGGUAUGUGUAGAUAUUGACUACACCAGUUCCCGAAAAAAUUAAAAUAAAACAGAGAAAAUAAACCACCCUUCUCACACUGCCUGAGUCAUGGAACAAGUAAGCUUUCCUUAAAUAGUUCACAGCUGUUUAUGUGUCUUUGGUUGGUUUGAUGUCGUCUAGGGACCCAUAGUUUAAAGUUACAAAAGGCUUUAAUCUCAUCCCGCAUGAGAUACAUACCACUAAUUUGAUAAUUGAAUUUUAGAGUUACCUCCCUUUGAAACUAAAUAUCCUUAUUUUGUGUCAAUUAAUUUGCUUUAGUUAAUUUAUUUUGAAUAUUUUUAUUCUCAUAAUAUAUAUUAUAUCACUAUAAGAAGAGUCAGUUGUUCAAUUCUGAAUAAAAAUAUUGUUUAUAAUAUUGAAAUAUAUCUUGAAAUGGCAUUAAUUAAUAUAUAGAUAUUUUUGUGUUAUUACCUUACUGCCUCUGUUGUUUCACGAAAUUUUAACUAAGAUAAAAUCCAAAUUUUAGUAAUUUGGUUGGAUAAUAUUAGAUUGAUUUUAGUUCUUAGCCAAUCAAAAUUGAAGUAUCUACUAAAAUUUGGAUGUUAUCUUUUAGUUAAGAUUUCGAGAAACCGGGCCCUGUUCAUAUUAUAUAAGUAGUAGAUAGCAGCCACUUCCAAGUUGUUAUUCAUAUUAAAAAAACCAAGGGCGGAGGCAGGAGGUUUUAUUUUGAAUAACAAGUGGGGAAAUAGUUUGCUAUCUGACCUGUGGUUUCGAUUCCUCGGUUUGUACGUGACAAGGAGUAGGGUCGCCUGUCCAACCUCGUGGGUUUUCUCCGGUUCCUCCGGUUUCCCCCCACUGCUAAAGACCUCUAUGCGCAAGCGAAUUAUGGAAAUAAAAUUGAACCAUAUGUUAGUCGCAAAAUGACCUAUUUUGUGUCGAGUCGAGUGGACGGUAAACCCUAUUACUCUCUCUCUCUCUUCUAUUUGACUUGACCAGUAUCAACCGCUGCUUAUCUUGUACACCAGAGAUUCAAAAAGUGGUUAUUGUAGGUCAACAUUAUCGCAAUAUCAACCCCUAAUGACUUGAUCUUGGGUUAAUCCCGAGAAUACCACCUUUUAAAAUAAUCAAUAGUUGCUGUGAUUGGAGAUAUAGUCUGGAGGUGUGUAAUUAAAAGUAACAUUUAUACUGAAUGUUUGAUGGGGACUUAUUAAAACUGUUCUAGUAAUUAAAGAUACAUUAUGUAAAAUUUAGAUAAAGAGCUGACCAUUCUUGCUAUAAUAGUUUGAAAAAAGAUAAUGUCUUCCUCCUCCAUUUUUAAAUUAAAUCAAAAUAUGGCUGAACCAUUCUAAUCUAUUUAAUAUCGGAGAAAUCCGAUGCGAUUGAGGGUUGAUUAUGGUCUGUAUCAGUUAAUAAAUGUCUAAUUAAUAAUUUAGAAAAACAUUUCAGGCCUAAAGAAAAACCUGCAAUAGGCAUAUUUAGCUCUUGCAUAAUCUAUGUUUAAGACCAAAGAAAAAAUAUGUUGGUCAUCUUUUUUGCCCAACUUUCAGGGCGGGCGGGCGGGAGAGAGGGAAGUGAUUACUUUUGUAAAAGUAAGAUCAUAAAUUUUUAUAAAUUAUGUCAAUCACUUAAUGAAAAGAAAAAGCUUGUGCUUUAGAUGCUAAGGUCUAUCAUUGGUUUCGAAUCCCCGGUUGUACGUGGCAAGGAGUAGGGUCGCCUGUCCAACCUCGUGGGUUUUCUCCGGUCCUCCCACUGCUAAAGACCCCUACGCGCAAGCGAAUUAUGUAAAUAAUACGCUUGCACUUAAAUAAUUAUGUAAAUAACAUAACCAUAUGUUAGUCCCGAAAUGACCUAGUUUGUGUCGAGUGGACGUUAAACCCCAUUUCUCUCUCUCUCUCUGUCAUUGAGUCAACUGGCAUGGUUUCGAAUCCCUGGUUGUAUGUGACAAGGAGUAGGGUCGUCUGUCCAACUUUGUGUGUUUUCUGCGGGUCUUCCUGUUUCCUCCCACUGCUAAAGACCCCUACGCGCAAGCGAAUUAUUGAAAUAAAAUUAAACCAUAUGUUACUCCCGAAAUGAACUAGUUUGUGUCAGUGGACGUUGAACCCUAUUCCUCUCUCUCUUUCUCUCUCUCUCUCUCCCACUGCCAAAGACACCUAUGCUCAAUCGAUUUAUUGAAAUAAACUAUGUUUUAUGUUUGUUCCUGCAUAUUCUGGGGGCAUUUUGGUCAAAUUUUUAGGAAAAUAUAAAUAAACCUUUAUAUAACAACUUUAGUUGGACUUGGACGAUCACCAAUUGUUUUUAUACGCCCACAUUGAAAUGGGGUUGUAUAUUGUCAUCGCCCCCGUCCGUCGGUCUGUCCGGCGUCCACACAAUUGCUUUUGGACGCUCUAGUUUGUUUAUGUGCAUUCAUUAAACCCUGAAAUUAGCUUUAAUAUAAAUCAUAAUGUGUAUAAUGGCCGUCACGAUGAGUUCUUGUAGCUAAAUUAUAUUUGCAGCACAAAGUUCAUCAAAAUAAUUCAGGCCAGUUUUGCUCAGCACCGUCAGUCUUCAUGAAUUGUGUAUGCCUGUGCAGUAGCAUUUGUAAUUAUACACUGUCAAAUUAUAAUGACUCUUUGUUGGUUUCUAUAUAUACAUAUUAUGUUGUUUAUAUUGUGUUCUAUGCAUCAAUGGCAUAUAAUUAUACUGUGCUCAAGACAGAAUUAUGGCAGAGUCACAUAUUUCCAGACAUAGAUUUAAACACCACGGAGGACGGGCAUUGGGGAUAACUCUUAACACUCUCUCUGACAUUUCAAGACCUAUAUUAAGACACUGCAAAGGAUUGGGUUUUUUUGGUGUAGUGGAGGGGGGAUGGAAUUCGAACACCGUAACUGUCCAUUGCAUGUCUUUAUUUUGGCUUAUAUGAACUAUUAUUUAGGGAUUUAUUAACAUGACAAGCCAAUAAUCAACUCUCUCUAGACCAUCACAGAGAUUUAAAUUGAUUAGGAAGUCUGCAAGAUUUUAGAAAUUUAUCGAUAAAAUGGACAAAUGAGACUAAGCUAUUUGAAGAGCCCCGGGGAAUAACGAUUUAAGUCACUUUUUCAAGGAACCCCACAAUCUACUUCAGGUAAAAACGAUCAGAGUCACAUCAAACCAAGGCUAUUCUGAAAUGGCCUCCCAGACAAAUAUGUUCAUCGUACCCUUUAUUUUACCUUAAUUUGGCUGAAAAGUUGAAAUCAGUUGUACUGUAAUUGUGAUUCGAAUUAAACAUCAUUUUGAAGUUGUAAUUUAACCCACUCGUUGUUCUGUUCAUGUCAAGUAUUCUUGUCCAAAAGUCUGUUUUGCCUUUAUGCAAAAAGACAAAAAUGUGACUUAGAUCGUUCUUCCCCUGAACUCUUAAUUUGAUAAAAAGGUUUCACUCCUUGAAGUCAUCAUGCUCGCCAUCGUUGAAAGGAAAUGUAUUAUUCUUUGAAAACUGUUUUUACUCAAGAAAUGUUUUUGUUGAAACUGUACCUGUUGUGCCUCCAAGAUUUAAUUAAUUCUGGAAGAUUCAAGACUCUUUUAUAUGUCCAUUGUAAUUGGUUUGAUUUUUUGAGAAAGUGCAAUUUAAACCAAUCAGAAUUGUUUUUGCAUAAGCAAUAGUGAAAUAUAAGUAAAUAGUAUAUAUUUUUUAUAAUAUUGAAAAAUAGAAUAUUAUCAGAGUUCUGUAAAUAUCGUGCUAAUUAAAAUUAGAUCAUUAUUUCUAA